AUGACUCAGACAGCAAAUGUGGAAGUUAUGAGAUCUGAGCCGCCGGAUGCGGCGAGAACGAGCGGCCGAUUUGACACCGACUGUUUGCCUGCGGCGGCCGUUGGCGUUCGUCCUGCGGAGGCGCUAUUUCGCUCCGCCGCUUCUGUAUUGAGGUUCGCAAACAUCUUGCGACGGGUCUGCACUUCAGCCUCCGGCCAUACUUCACUACUCGGACCGAUCUCUGCCUCCGAUUGGCUCCGGCUACCGCCGUCUUCCCUCCGACAGUCGCCCUUUGA